AUGGGACUCAGUCAACCCAGUGUUUCUAGGUCUGUGCAGAAAGUUUCUAAUGCAUUGGCAAAUGUUGCGGGACAAAUUAUUCAAUUUCCGACGGACGGCCGAAAAAUAAAAACUGUAAAAGAAGGUUUUAUGGAGAAAUUUGGAUUUCCAAAUGUAAUUGGAUGUGUGGAUGGGUCAUUCAUUCCCAUUAAGGCUCCACCAUCACGCGAGGACGUUUAUGUGUGUCGCAAGGGUUUCCAUGCGCUCAACGUCCAAGGAAUUCGUGACAGUCAGAAAAAAUUUACCAACUUGCUCGUUAAAUACCUUGGCUCAGCUCACGAUGCUUUUAUAUGGAGUCAGUGUGGUGUUCAAACUUACCUUAGUCGACAUACGCAGAUGGGUUUCUUACUUGGAGAUCAAGCUUAUCCUCUGAGACCAUACCUACUUACUCCUAUACGAGAUCCCCGCAUCCCGGCAGAAGAGGCUUAUAACCGACAGCACCAGAAAACAAGGAAGGUGAUAGAGGACACCUUUGGCAGAUGGAAAUGCAGAUGGCUUAUGCUGCAUAAAUUUGGUAGGUUACAUAUUACUUAA